AUGGGAAUUCGUCGUCGAGGAGACGGCAGUCUAGUGAGAUUGUGCCGGAGCCGGCUGUUUAUGGAGAAGAUGUAUGAGAGCUCCUCCGGUGAAGAGUUUGAGAUUUUUAUGAUUCGUUUUUUCAUCGAUUCUUUUGUGUCGAUAAUAAUAGAGGCAAAGAGUAAUGUGGAGAACCUAAUAAUCCAUGUUUGGGUUAUUAUGGGUCUAUCAAGUUCAUCUUAUACACUACAAGUGAGUUUACACAAUGUGGAGGCGCAGAGGUACAUUUCGGACUCCUUACCUCUUCUGGUUCCCAGAUAUGGUCCAUUUGAUGUUCCUCCCUUGGAUUGA